GAUCAGCAUACGUGAUUAAAUCAAAUUAUUUUUGAUUUGAUAAAAUACUUUGAAUCCAGCAUGUUAAAUGGCAAGGCAGCACAGCAUGUAUAUAUUGGUUCAGCUUCUCCUCUGUUUAAAAAGUAAUAGCAAUCCACAGUCAUUUGUGAUGUGUGAAAAAUACAAUAAAAUUUUCCGAGAGAGCAGGAAGUGCACAUUUAUAUUGUAGACCUAAAAGAAAACUCUAUAAACAAUGCUGGAUUACUGAAUGUUUUGCUAUUUUUAGCCAAUUCCGCAAUAUAUAACCUUAAUUACUAUUUGAGAACAAUUCAGGUAAAAAUCCUAAAGCACUUAAACUCUAAUAAAAUAUAUGACAAACAUGAGAUAACCAUACAUCUGUAUCAUAUGACUAGCAGAAGAGAGGAGCAUAUAAAUGGGUCUGUAAUUUUGGCAUCACUCUUUAGUAGUCUGCUCCUUCUUUCCUGCUUUGAUUAAUCAGGUGCUAUUUCUACAAAAUGAAGGGCACGGUACUAGGGUUAGUUUUAUUCUCCUUUGCUAUGCUCAUAUCUGAAGUAAAGUCUGAAGGAAAUCUCAGACUCUGUGGGAGAGACUUUGUCAGAGCUGUUGUCUUCACUUGUGGAGGAUCUCGCUGGAGAAGACAACUGAAUGACUUUCCAAAAGGCUUCACAGAUGAAGACAAUUACCCAUAUUUACCACUUGAUGUCAAUGACUCAACUGGUGCCAAUGAAAAAUAUAUGCAGAAAGAAAAAUCACAAAGCAAAGAAUUCAUCCCAUCCAUCUCUGAAGCUGAAAGAGAUCUGCGAGGCCAGCAACAAAAGUUUAUAAGCAAAAGACAAGAAGACCUCAUGCGGAUCAGAAUCACUUGCUGUACUAUUGGCUGCAGUAGCAGCAGUAUAAGUGCACUAUGCUAAAAAUGUACCAGAUGCUGUUAUGGAGGUUAUUAGGAAAGAAAAUGGUUUGGGGGUUGUUUUUGGUUUUUUGCUUUUAAAUAGGUAAUUUUGGUACCUUUUCUAAUGCACUCUAUAGCUCCUAGCUCUGAAGUACGUUUUCAGUGUCACUCCAACUGAGAUAUUGUUGAAAUUGGCAAACAAUUGUUAAUGGCUGCAUUUCAAGCAUAUCUGCUCUCUCUUAGUUUAUCAAUAAAUGUGCAAUUCAU